GCAUUUCCCAUGGUGCCGGGCGGGGUGGCAUGGCGGAGAAGGAUGACACCGGAGUUUGACGAAGAAGUGGUUUUGGAGAAUUCCCCACUUUAUCAGUACUUGCAGGAUUUGGGUCAUUCUGAUUUUGAAAUAUGCUCUUCUUUGUCACGGAAAGCAGAACGAUGCUCAUCACAAGAAGAGCAACAAGAGCAGGAUGCCCAGAAGUCAUCAAACCAAAGCAGCCUCUUAAAAGUGGCUGAAAUUGCCAAAAAUUGGAUCUCCCUUUCACCAUUCAAUAAGAAAGAUGAUUUACUGCACAAGCUGGAUGUUGGAUUCCGACUUGAUUCACUUCGUACCAUCCUGCAACAGGAAGUUUUGCUACAGGAGGAUGUGGAGCUGAUAGAACUACUUGACCCCAGUAUCCUGACUGCAGGGCAGCCUCAGGAACCAGAAAAUGGACACCUUCCAACAUUACGUUCCCUAGCAACUCCUACUAUUUGGGAUGUUUCACUGCUGCUUGCCUUUGUUAGCAGUUCCGUUAUGUUUCCUUCUUGGUGGAGUGUAUUUUCCUGGUUGAUGUGGGGACUGGUCCUGAUUGUUUACAUGGUCAUUCGAGCUUUGAGCUUUUGGAGGACAGCCAAAUUGCAAAUAACACUGCGAAAACACAAUGUCCAGCUGGAAGAAGCAGCAGCAAAUAGCCGAGCUUUCACAAAUCUUGUGAGAAAAGCUUUGAGACUCAUUCAAGAGACUGAAGUUAUUUCCAGAGGAUUUACCCUUUUGCUUGACAGGGUCAGUGCCGCUUGCCCAUUUAAUAAAGCCGGACAGCAUCCUAGUCAGCAUCUCAUCGGCCUCCGGAAAGCCGUUUACAGGUCUGUCAGAGCCAACUUCCGAGCCGCAAGAUUAGCUACCUUGUACAUGCUGAAAAACUAUCCUCUGAACUCGGAGAGUGAUAAUGUGACCAACUACAUCUGUGUAGUCCCCUUUAAGGAGCUGGGACUAGGAUUAAGUGAAGAGCAGGUGUCAGAAGAGGAGGCCCAUAAUCUCACAGAUGGCUUCAGCCUUCCUGCAUUAAAGGUUCUCUUCCAACUCUGGGUAGGACAGAGCUCAGAAUUCUUCAGACGGCUAGCACUGCUCCUCUCUACCGCAAAUGCACCCCCGGCCCCCUUGCUCACUCUCGCACUUUUGCCCCAUCGUAUUUUGCGCGAUGUGACUCAAGGUCUACCUCACGCUCACGCUGCCUGCUUAGAAGAACUUAAACGCAGCUAUGAGUUCUAUCGGUACUUUGAAACUCAGCACCAGUCAGGGUCACAGCAUUUAUCCAAGACAAAGCCCAAGUCAAGAGAGCUGAACAACCUUCAUGCGGCAGUGCGCAGCUUGCAGCUCCAUCUGAAAGCUUUACUCAAUGAGGUAAUAAUUCUUGAAGAUGAGCUUGAAAAGUUUGUUGGUUCUAAGGAAACCCACGAACUAGGAUCAGAAGCCUACCACAUCCUAGAGCAAAAGCUAAAGUUGAUCCAGCCUCAUGUGCAAGCAAGCAACAGCUGUUGGGAAGAAGCCAUUUCUCAGGUGGACAGAUUGGUACGGAGAAAUACAGGCAAACCUGAUGGGGCUUGCGAAAACCCACUUUGUGCCGUGGUACCUCCACUAAAGCCUGCUCUACGUAUAGAAGACAAGGAUCCAAUUCCUGAAGAGCAGGAAUUAGAAGCAUAUGUGGACAAUUCAGAAUUCGACUGUGAGUUGAGGACAGAAGAUUUUUAUUACUUGUCUCAAGAAGAUAGAGACAGACAGAAGCGGGAACGUGAAGAAUCCAAAAGAGUCCUUCAGGAAUUAAAAUCAGUCCUGGGAUUUAAAGCUUCAGAGACAGAGAGGCAGAAAUGGAAGCAGCUUCUAUUUAGUGAUCACGCUGUGAUGACACCCUUAUCUCCUGUAGACCCAGUGGAACCUAUAAGUACUUCAGAGUCACCUGUAAAUUCAGAUACAGGGAGGGACUGUCAUAAAACUGAAGAUGACCCUGAAAAGGAAAAGACUGAACUCGGUGUCACUCAGAAUGAGAGCGCCGUAAGUCGGACUGAAUAUUUAUUGGAGGGUCCCCCUGCGGGCGAGAGCAAGGGCAAUCCAGAUCCCCCGGAUGAAGGGUUCUGCCCCAAGGCCGAAGAAAAAACAUGUUACCGGUCUGAAAGCGGAGGAGAGUCUGAGCAUCCAGGGAUGGGGGACGUAGAGGAUUUCCUGCCGAUGCUCAAUGACUCAUUGAAACCCUCCAUCAAGCAGCGGUUGGCAAGGCUCCGUGCGUCACCAGAUUUCACCUUCGCUUCUGGCCUCGCAGCCCAGGUGGCUGCUAGGUCGCUCACCUUUACUACUAUGCAGGAGCAGACUUUUGGGGAUGAGGAGGAGGACGAGAAAGAGCGGGAGGAGGAGUGGGUGGAGGACAAGAAGGAGUGGGUGGAUCAAAGAGAGGAAGUGGUCAAAGAAGAGCAGCAUACGAGUUGGAGAAAUGAAAACGGGAUGGAAGAAAUUAAAAAUCAAAAUCCGAGGGCAAAAGAUGAAUGACUAUGUCUAAUGAGGAUUUAGAACAUGUUAUGUUAGCAUUUUGAUGAGAUCAAGAGAGUAAGUGUUCCGUAAAAGGAAGAUGGACCUGAGAUAUGGAUUGGAAGAGAAAAUCACGGUCGGGAAACCCAUCUACGUUUAAUGCAUUUUGCUACUUGGAAGUGGACUCCUACCAUUCCUUUGGGCAUGAAGAAAAAUGGAAGUGGUAAGAGCUGACCUCAAAACAAAACACAAAAAACCCAAACUAGUGGAUAUUGGAGAGUCUUUCAAAACUUUGUUAAUUUAUCACUUUUAAUGAGAAAUGCAUUUUUCUCUUCUUACCUGAACUCUCUACCCUGAAUAGCCAUGUCAGUCUUAAAGGCAGAAUGAUUCUCUUUAAAAGAAUGUAAGCCUCAAGGGUGGCGCCUUUUUACUACCUUUAUUUUGUGGCUAGUAACUGCCCCCUAAAGUCAAUGACUACUUAUCCUGAAUUGGUUCAUUGCCCACCUAAAAUGAAGGUGUAGGUUUUAAAUAAAAAUAUUCAGCAAUCCAUGUGGUUGGUGUGUUUUGGGGUUAAAAAUUAGUUCCAAGUUCAUGGGGCUGUGAUGCAAUAUUCAUUUUGUACAUGUGUGUUUUUUAUAGUAAAUGUGAAGUUGGAGUUCGUUUUCAUUUUAAAAAACUACCGUUUUGUUUACAUCUCGUAAAAGCAUCGUUACUUGACAGGCCGGGGUGGGGGGGCAGGAGAUAUUGCUUUGUCCAAAAAUCCAAGUUACCUAAGAGUGGGAACUGCCUGGGGGAACCACUCCAGCCUGGAGGCUUUGAUGGGUUAUACAGAGGGCUAGCCGGAGGUAUAAGAUAAAGUCCUCCAGGAGCCUGUUAGUUGAAGGGAGGAAAAACCCAGAGGAGCAGACUUGGGAGGGAAGAAGGUGUUCACAGAUUAGUUAAACCCUAAGGGCUUAAAUUCAGGUAUCUGGCAGGGAAAUCCUCUCUGCACCAGUUGUUAAAGGCUACUGCUAUUUGCUUAUCAGAUUAGCAAAACACUUUCCGCUUGCCUAGCUUAAAUUGCCCAAGAAAGCCGGGUCCAGUGGGAGAUGGGAGAAUGUAGGUUGAAAGCUCCGGGGGACCUGCAUAUAAUUUAAUUUUUAUCAGUCUCCCCCUACUUAAAAUUGCCUUCAAAUAUUAAUCCUCACAAGGGAGUAGUGGGCUGAAGUGAUUAGAAAUGUCCAUUACUAGUGCUUUCUGGCUGGUAGAGUGCCAGAUAACCAAACUUUUACUUUCUGUUUACCUCAAUAUUAUAUCCUUUCUCCGCUCAUUUCAGUACUCGCUGAAAUGCAAAAUGCUAAUCCAAAGAGCAACUGAAUCAACAGGCAUCCCCUUUGUGGCGCUAAUCCUGAGAAGGCAGAGGUAGCAGCAGGAUCUUGCAGCAUAGAUAGGAGGUUUACACACUUUGUCUCCCAGAAACACAUAUUAAGAUUGUCACAGCUUAGGCCUCUAUCUGGACAAAAUGGACAAACUGGCUCUAUAACUGUGUUCUAAGGGGAAUUUUUAAAACACUCUGCAAAAUUGGAUUCAGAUAUGUUCUACAUGGAUAUAGAUGCUUUGUAUUUUUCUCUGAACAGAUUACUUGGUUCCUAGCUCAUCUGUUUUAUCAGUGAUUUCAAACUGUCCCAUUCUUAGGAUGUUACCUCUUGCUACUCCCCGAGUAUGGAGAUCUUGGAAUCCCACUGGCUUUAUUGAUUCUGAGAUGUUACUUGUCUCUGAGUCCAGUUUCUAAGUAGAGACAUUGAGUAUAAGAAUCAGUGAUAUAAAUUGAAUGUCGUUUAUAGAGCAUGGUACUAAAUACUUGGGAGAGUGCAGUACAACAGAUUGGUAGACACCUUCCCUGCCCAUAAAGAGCUACUGUCAAGAGGGAGAAGGAAUGGAAGUGAGGCUCACAAAAAGUAUACUCAUUUUAUAUUGCAUCAGGUUCUGAGAAUGCUCUAUGACCUCAUUUCUCCCCAAACUAAUUAAUUCAGUCCCUCCAUGUACUUCUUCCUUAAAAACAAGUAUUGGCAAACAAAAAUAGCCAUGCUGACCUCUGGAAAAGCCUGAGGAAAAGAAGCAGGCAAGUGCUAGGCUCCCAGAGGACUACAGCUGCCUUAUUCUUCAUUCCCAGGUUCAGGUUGCUGUUCCUGAGACACAAGCCCCGGGGCAGAACAAAAACACAGAGGUAGCACUUGACAGACACAAGGAAGGGAAAAACUUGCUCUUUUGCCCCCUUAUGUCUGAAAAGAUACAUCCUUUGUUGUUAAUUGUGUAUUUGUAAAGCACUUACGUGCCAUAUACGUAAUAGUAAAUACACGUAAUGACACAGUAGAUACACGUUAAUCAGGUCGUACAUAUCCACGGCCCCACCUGGGGCUCACCGUUCAAAGGAGGGAGAAAAGGUACUGAAUCUCUAUUAUACAGAUGAUGAAAUCAAGGCACAGAGAUGUUGUGAUCUGUCGAAGGUCACCCAGCAAGCAGGUGGCAGAGGCAAGAUUAGAAUCUAGAUUCCUUGAUGCCCAGGCUUAUGUGUGCCUUUUCCACUAGGCCUUGCUGGGGUUUUUUUGUUAAGAUUCCUCACCCUGCAGCUUGCGUAUUCAGGCAGUAUUUCCUAAUCUAAAAAUAAAUAUCUUUGGCAUCAGUGGCAAAGUUAGCUUUCAAUACCUAAACAAAAAAGAAAUGAACAAAUAUUUACAUUACAGAGUACAACUGAACAAAAAGACAAUUCGUUCAAUUCAGAGGUGUUUAUUGAGCACUUUCAGAGCACUGUACUAAAUCCUUGGGAGAGUACAGUAAAGGGAAAAUCACAUGGUCCCCACCCUUGAGAAGCUUACAAUCUAAGUCUUAUUAAUAAGGAUGCUAAAUGGGUGACAGUUAAUUGUAUUACGUAAUCAUUUAUGGAGUCUCAGCUAUGCAUGUUUUUUUUUCUUUUUUGCAUGCAACUCCUAAACACCUUAAAGUCAGACCAUUAUAAAUGCAGACCUCAAAUGAAGGAGACUUCAUAAACAGAGGAGAAGACUGUGAUUGUACUCCUUUCAAAAUACUUGGUUUUCUUUACUAUGUUCCCUAUAUUUAUGUGCUAUAUACUGUACCAUUUCUGCAUUUAAGAGAGUGGGUACAUAUAUGGAAUUGAAUGUAUAUAGUAUAUACACACACUAUAUAUCAACUAUGGAUAAGAUCAAAAAAUUUAUCUGCCCUAAAAUUUUAACCAGCCUUCCCACACUGAGCAGUGUCAAAACAAUGAUGCUAUUGAUGGUAAGUGAGCAUCAGUAAAUUUGUACCAGUUGGGUCUUCAUUUUUAUUAACAUUUUUACCAGUCAUAUGAUUAAAGUCAGAAUAAUUUUAGCAAAAAAUUGAAUGUUUGACUUACUGAAUUUUAUUUUGCAACAACCAAGUAACAGAAAACAUGUAUUUCAAUCAAUUUAAUAAAUUGAUGGAGGUUUUUUCCCCUUAUGCCUUGAUUCUUAAAAAUAACCCUAAAGCUAUUUCCAAAUACCUUACUUAAGAAUAAUUUUAGAGGGAAACUUUUUCAGAUUAAGAUAGUAGAGGUUAUCAUGAUUUCUGGCCUCUUCGAAACUCAGUUACUUAAAAGAACAGCAGGAGACUCUUGAGGCCAUAAACAGAAAUCUGGAAUAAAUACGUGUUGUUGAAGAAGGUCAAGUGUAUUACACCUAGUUUAUUUAGUAACAAAAAUCAAGUUUCAGUGUCAAACUGGAUGACCUAAAUUUUAGGCCAGUCACAGCACUGGAGGAUUGUGAAAAUUGCUUCUACAAUCAUUCUGCCACUGAUCAACAAGAAAAGAUGAAAUGUUAAAGCCUUAUUUUGUACUUUAAAAAUAAAAGAAACAUAUUUCUGAUAGCUUAUUAAUUUAUCUCCACAUGAAAAAACUUGCAAACAUUAAAUAUGUUCUUUGAGUAACCAAUUUUGCACUAUUUUAGUGAAUAGUCAUUAAAUCCCAUAAACUUUUUAUAUUAAAUAGCAAAAGCAAAAAAUUGGUUUAAAAGGUUUUAAAUUGACAGGUCAUUUUUUUUUUCAGUCUUGUGGCAUGAGCUAUAUAGGCAAUUGGGGAAGAAUGUUUAGGAAUAUUUAAUUUUUUCCAGUUACAGCCUGUUUCAUAAAUGUUCCUAUUGUUCACAACAGUGAUGUGACAAAUUUAGGUGGCUAUUUUAGAUAUUUAAAACAAAGACACACAUGGUGUGUCUCUGAAAUAUUAGAUAAUCUUGCCCAUAUUUGUUAGAAAAAAUCUUCAAUUUGAACUCUACUUCUGUAAGUGUGUGAAUCUAAGGCUUUGUAUUCUCUCACUUUUUAAAAGCAUGAGUGCAGGUUAACUCAUGAUUCUUUUUGUUUGCCAGUCAUUUUAGUUGGACAGUUGAUUUUAUUUAAUUAAAAAAAUUUCUAAAAUUUCUAAUGCGACCAAUAAAAUUUACUUCAAUUCUCCAGCUGUGCUGAAUCCAGAACACCAGUUUCAGGUGUUUGACAAUUUAAAGCCUAGAGCUUUAGAUUCAAGAACACCUGCAUAGUGCCAAGUUAUUGCUGUCUGUUUCUAACCUUUCCUUGCAACUGGAGGCCCUGCCAGGAUCAAAAUUUGUCCUUCCAAAGGAGCUGAAGGAAAGCCUGGAUUCAGAAGAAUCGAUUUUAUGGAAGGCUGAAUUGGAAUUUCUCUUGAGCAAGUGAUUUUAUCUGAAAUACUUGCAGUUCAAAAAAAGAAGGAAACACUCGAUAUAAAUUACAGGGUGCUUUUCAAGAGCUGGAUGCCCUGGGUGGCAGUGUCUUUCAUAGGGCGGUAGGUAGACAUAUUGAGUUUAAAUAAGUAACUCUGAUUUCGGGGUGAUCAAUGACUAAACUCACAGAAAAUCUGCAUACCUGCCCAGUUGUUCUAUAAUGUGGAGAUUGCAUUAAAGGAAACUUACAGUAUAAUACUCACCCCACGUCCUUUUGUAACUUGUUUGCUAAAAGUUACUGAAAUGUAAUUGCUCUCUUUCCUUUGUCCCAGCAGGAGCUUGCACUGUGAGCUUUAAUGCUCUCUUCCUUCCUUAGUAUAAUCAUAUGUUCUUAAACUCCAGUUGCAGAUUUUUUUCUUAUUCGUGUUCACAGUUGGCUAAAUCUUUUAGAAUAUACUACAGUAGCAAAAGAAAAAUGGAGAUUUUUUCCAAAAGAUGACGGCAGGUUGCCAAGAAGAGAAGUUGUAAUCUGUCAGUUGACUGACCACCAACUUUAUGUUCUGAAUGAAGAAUCUGCAGCUUGAAGAUACUUUGUGUUCAUUUGUUAUUGUCUUCCUCUGUUCUUCCUGGACUUGUCUUCACAAUCUGGCAUAAAGUAUUUGUCACAUGAUCUUGUUUAACUGGAAGCCAGUGUCAAGUCAUCUACAUGACUGCUAAUGAGAAAAGAAAUAAAAGGCCCAGUUAGCCAUUAAUUAUAGUAAUCGAAUAUAGUAUGGUAAUAAGGGAACACCUCCUAUGGUCCAACUUGGAUUUCAGUAGACCAUGAUAGUUCUAAGAAUACGGAACUAUUUGUUUCACUAAAGUUUUUUUUAUUAAGCUUGCCCCGGGGCUAAAAACAAUAGGAAUUAGCUGAUUGUCCUACCAGCCUCCUUUCCCCCCCACCCCCGUGUUUUGCUCUGAGCAAUUUAACCCUGAUCAGUUCUUCUCUACCAUUUUCUGUAUAUUAAAUUCUUCUUACAUAAGACUCCUUACACCUUCUUCAUCUUCCUUUAUUUUCCCCAUUUUUUAAAACAUGAAUCAAAACUGGGGAUUGUUUUCCUAAAUUCCAUUACCUGAUAUUCCUUUUUAAAGUGUGGUUUCACUGCCUAUGGUGGGGUGGUGACAUUUACCUAUGUAAAAAAGCUUUCUCCUAUGUGUCAUCAGUAAACAGGAGACAUCCAGGUGAAAACUUGGUCUCUUGACAUUUUAUCAAAUAAGGAAAGACUAACUUCUCCCCACACCUUGUCAUCCCACCCCCUCCAAGUCCAUUAAGAUGUUUAAGAUCAUGUUGCCAGUUGGGCUUCUCCCAUUUCCCUCAUUCUGAGGAUCACUGAGGAGUUUUUUGUGGACAAAGGUGUGUCCUUUUUGGUAAUGGGUAUUCCUGUUUGGAUUUUGAACCCAGGAACCCAAAUUCCUUAUUUGAAAUCUAUCUUCCUAUUGCCCUAUGAAUUCAUUUUUAAAAUAUCUUUUUUGCUACUUUUUAUAUGGCUAUCCUCUAGUUCAAAGGAAUUGAUGAUGGAACCAGCAAUCAGUUAUUCCUGCAUUGGGAAUGGAAAAAGCAAAUGUUUACCUGCCAGUGAGAUGUCUGAUUUGACUUUCUCACAUACAAACAUUUUAGAUAAGCUUUAAUCUUUCAAAAUAUCUGUGAUACCAGAAUGGAGUGGUCAAAUAACACUAAUUCAUAAAUCCUUGCACCCUUCCCUUAUUUCUGCAGGGACUGGAAGUUCCUCAAGUCCAUUUAGUCUCCCUAAUAUAAAUGGCCACUUGUUGGCUCUUGGCAUAUGUUUUCAUAUUCUUUGGCCCUAAGUACCAAAAGUACAGAAAUUCUUACUGUUCUAAUGAGUUGAAACUUAUUUUCUACCGAUUUUAUACAAAGAUAGGAUGGGUGCUGAGUAGUUGGAAUGGUCAUUACAGGUAUUACUUGUGACUAUUUCUGAAGGGAAUUACACCAGUUGGAUCUACCCUGUGUUUUAUAUGUUUCUUAACCCGGUUGAAAAUAUGUAUCUCUGAAGACUUGAUUGUAACUGGUUAUUUUUUGUUGUUGUUUUUACCACAGUAGUUUCUUAAACCAUCUUUGUCAACUUGGGUUGUGGGGGUUUCGUUCACUGUUUUAUGGAUAAUUUUCCAUUACUAAGCAUUUGUGGCUUCGAGGCAAUAUUUUAAUCGGUGGAAUUUCCGAUUCUCAUUUCUUGUAUUAAAGCCUGUUCUUCUUUAUUCUC